AUGCUGACAACAAUUUGUGAUGGAAAUCUAGAGGUACCAGACUUUGGAUUCCCUCAGAAUACAUCGACUGAUACACUGAAAGCCUAUAUUCACAAUGAUCCUAUAUUAAUAAAAGGAGAAAGACAACCUGGAGAGGUGGCUUCUGGAUUGUUUGGUGCUGAUCACCGUGUUGCUCCCAGCAGUGCAGCUAACAAACCCAUCUCAGCGUCCCGGCAACUACAGUCAACCCACAAGAAUGAGAUAUUUGUUGAUGUUAUUGAACGACUGACUGUUCUGAUAGCGAGCAAUGGAAAUGUGAUUCGCAGUGAAAUCGAUGGACUUAUGCAAAUGAAAAGUUUUCUUAUCGGUUCACCUGAAAUUCAGCUUGGUUUGAACGAGGAUAUCCACAUCAGAGCAGGUGUUAGCAAUAUUGGUUGUAAUAAUCAGGUCACACUGGAGGAUAUCAAUUUCCAUCAAAGUGUCAAAUUAAAUGAAUUUGAUAAUAAUAAAAUUUUAAAAGUCAACCCACCAGAAGGCGAGUUUACCGUAUUGAGUUAUCACAUGUCAGGGGAUUUCCCAAGUUCAUUGCCAUUUGUGAUAUAUCCAUAUAUUGAAGAAAUACCAGAUAAAGGUGUUGUUACCUAUGUGACUGGCGUUGGGGAAUCAGCUGAGUAUAAACAAAGUGAAAAAGCAGUUGUUUGGAAAAUUAAGAAAAUUCCUGGUUUAUCAGAUGUUACUGCAAAGUUUAAGGUGAGUGUAUCUGAUUGGAACAAGAAGAACCGGAUGGAAAUAGGACCCAUCAGCAUGGAGUUUGAAAUACCAAAUUUUGUACUAUCUCAUUUACAGAUCAGGUUUCUUAAAUUGUUUGAUCGAGAACACUCAUAUGUCCCCCUCAGAUGGGUGAGAUACGUUACACAUAGCGAUUCCUAUGUUGUUAGGCUUAUAUGA